ACAUUGAUAGCUCAACAUGGCUGAAGCAAUAGCUCUUCCGGAACCAGCACCAAUCUGCCUCAUAACAGCUCAACAACUGUCCGAAACCGGCGAGGAUCCACCACAACGCUAUAUCUCGACGAGUAACAUAGAAGUUGAUGCACCUUUGGCCAUAGAAAUCCCAAUCGUUGAUGUUAGCCGACUGGUUUCCUCCACUGAUGCUGAGCUCACCGCGCUUCACUCUGCUCUCACCAAAUGGGGUUGCUUCCAGGCAAUUAAUCAUGGCAUAGAAAGCGCCUCCCUGGAUGAAGUGCGCCGUCUCGCCCAAGAAUUCUUCCACCUGCCAAUGCUGGAGAAGCAGAGAUACACGAGGCAAAGAAAUAAUAUUGAAGGUUACAGCAGCUGUCCAUCUGUUGCCAGCAUCCAACAAGUUGAAUGGUCUGAUAGGUUGUAUCUUCAAGUCGCUCCAGAAAACGGGAGAAAACUCAAAUUUUGGCCUCAAAAUCCAAAACCUUUCCGAAAAGUAUUGGAAGACUACUCUGCUAAGAUAAGACAAGUGGAAGAACAAAUCCUCAGAUCAAUAGCAAAGACAUUAAGCUUAACUGAUGAAGACUACUUUCUCAGAAAAAUCACCAUCAUGUCUGCACAGUUCAACUACUAUCCACCAUGUUCAAAAUCUGAUCGGGUUAUUGGUCUCCGUCCACACACAGAUGGCAGUGGAGUAACUCUUCUCUUGCAGGACAGGCACGUACGAGGCCUUCAGCUACUUCAUGACAAUCAGUGGUUAUCAGUUCCCACAAUGCCUGAAGCACUGCUCGUUCUGGUAGGGGAUCAGCUCGAGAUAAUGAGUAAUGGAAUAUUCAAAAGUCCUAUGCACAGAGUAGUUAUAAACUUAGAGGCCGAGAGGAACUCCGUGGCUAUGUUUUGCUUACCAGAUGUUGUAGAAGAGAUUGAACCAGUGGAUCAACUUGUUGAUGAAGACAGACCAAAAAUGUAUAAGAGAGUAACAAACUAUGCUGGGAGUUUUUACAACUACUAUCACCAAGGGAAAAGGGCUAUAGAUGCAGUUAGAAUCAGUCAAUGGCGGAUCCAGACCCCGAAAAUAGUGAGGGCGAAAAUUUAAUAUUUAAAUAUUAAUUAUAUAAUUCAAUAUUAUUUUUAAUAAUAAAAUAAAUAAUAUUAUAUUACUAAUAUUUAAGUA